CCAUCAACCUGACUCGUUUACAACUAAUGCUUCACUAAAUAGGGUUCCUCCAAGUCACUGACGAAGCCUUUCACUUCACCAUGGAGUCACAGAUUGUGCUUCAAACUUGGGAGACAUUUAGCGGAAAACACUCUGCAAACCUGAAGGCUACCAGCAACAAUGACGUCAGCACGAGCGCGGCCACUUCGCUACCAGCAGUUAUCGCUGCUUUCAUCCCGUCGCUCAUCACGGCAGUACUGUUCAUGUCAAUAUUUGUGGUCAUACGGAAGCCGUUUCGCAGAAUCUAUUCGCCAAGGACCUACAUUGACUUGAUUCCCGAGAAGCAUCGAACUCCAUCCUCAAGCGAUUCUCGUCUUGACUGGAUUAAAGCCUUGUUUAGACUUGAUGAUAAGUUCAUCCUCGAACACUCAUCCCUCGAUGGAUAUCUGUUCCUACGGUUCAUGAGAACCAUCAUUUUCAUAUGCUUCGUAGGAUCAUGUAUAACAUGGCCUAUAUUGAUGCCGGUAAACGCCACAGGUGGAGGAAAUGCGACACAACUGGACAAGAUCGGGUUUGGCAAUGUGCGCGACCCAUCUAGGCUUUGGGCACACGUCGUAGUGGCUUGGGUGCUUUACAUCUUUGUAAUGUACGUUGUCGCUCGAGAGCGACUGUGGCUUAUUGGUCUGAGGCAAGCAUGGCAGUUAUCCAAGCCCAACACUGGCCGGCUCUCUUCACGAACAGUUCUAUACCUUGACCCCCCUCAAGAUGCGCCCUUGGAGGGUGAUCUUCAUUUGAAUUAUGGGCAAGAGGCACGCAAGCAAUGGGUCAUUAAAUCAACGGAAAAGAUCGACAAAGUCGUCGGCUCGAGGAACUCGAAAGCAAACGAGCUCGAAUCUGCCCAAGUCUCAUUCUUGGUCAAAGCAAACAAGAAGAGGUCGAAUUCGUCCAAGAAGCAGGGCUCCAAUGCUUCUCUUUCCGAAGCCACUAUCAACGAGCUUCGUCCAGUCCAAAAAGAUCUUUAUGUCACUGGAAAAAGCACCGAUAAAAUCAAUGGCCUUCGUGUUUCUCUACAAGAAGCAAUUCACAAGGUCGAUGACCAGCGAGAGUCUUACCCUACUGACACCAGCCAUGGCCGUUUUGCAGUUUUUGUCGAAUACGAAUCCCAGUCAGCAGCUCAAAGGGCAUACCGUGCGGCCCCAAAAUCUGUCAUACCAGUACCAGCAAAUUUGUCCAUUGAAUCCAAGUUGAUAGGUGUCAUGCCAAACGAGGUUUUAUGGGGAAACUUGGCAAUGCCGCAUGCGAUUCGAGUGUCCAGGAAGACUGCCGGCAAUAUCACAAUUGCAGCGCUUAUAUUCUUCUGGUCUUUUAUUUCCGCUUUUAUUGGAACCAUAUCCAACGUCGAUUACUUGAGCGAUAAGUUCGACUGGCUUCAUUGGCUACAGAACCUACCAAGCCCGAUCCUGGGAGUCCUAACAGGUCUGGUGCCCCCAUUGAUAACUAGUACCCUGUCAUCCUACGUUCCUAUAUUCAUGAGAUAUGUUGCCAAAAACUCCGGGGAGCCAACGACUGUGACGGCAGAACUGCAAGUACAAAAUUGGUACUUUCUGUUUCAGGUUAUUCAGAUUUUCUUCGUCACGGCUCUCUCUUCAUCAGCAGCGGCAUUCAUACCGCAAAUCAUUACACAGCCUCACCAAGUGCCUAUAUUGUUGGCUCAAAAUCUACCCAAAUCUGCCAACUUUUACUUGACUUACUUCAUCUUACAAGGUCUCGGUUCGUCGGCCAAGAAUGUUCUCAACUACUCGGACCUUUUCCAGUAUUACUUAUACGAUAUGUUUCUGAACAACACCCCACGAAAGAAGUACAGUCAAUAUACUGGCCUUAAGGGAAUAAGUUGGGGCAAGCUAUAUCCCAAGUUCACAAAUUUCGUUAUCAUUGCGCUUGCUUACUCAUGUAUCUCGCCGCUGGUUUUCGGUCUUGCUUCUGGCGGUCUUGCGCUCUUUUAUUUGAGCUACCGUCACAACCUCUUCUUUGUGGUUCAGCCGAAGUUGGAGACAAAGGGGAAAUGCUAUACGCGCGCCCUUUCACAGAUUCUCACUGGUGUGUAUAUUGGUGAGCUGGCUUUGAUCGGAUUGAUGGCGCUUCGCAAGGCAACUGGACCAUCCAUUUUGAUGGCUGUAUUGUUUCUUGCAACUGCUCUGUACAACCAUGUCUUGAAUCGCUUCCUAAACCCUUUGGAGGAACGUUUGCCUGCCAAGUUCCUCAGCGAAGCCAAUGGUGAGGAAGAUCCGCUGUUGGCAGCCGAGGAAGGAGAAGCUAGUCUGGAUGAGGCCCAUGAGCGCUCACAGAUCCAUCACUUGGGGCACGAUGUACAUUUGCCGGAGAGGAUUAUUGAUCCUAUCGCUCGCUUCUUUGAACCCCAGAUAUAUGCCUCACAUCGGAUCAUGAAAACGUAUCUGCCUGAUUCUGACCCAGAAGCUCCGAAAUACAGCGACGAGGACCUGGACAAAGCGUACAAGAACCCGAGCUUGACCUCGAAGACACCAAAGAUCUGGCUUCCAUCCGAUACAGCCGGCCUCAGCAAGAAGGAAAUUGAGGCGAAUUCGAAAGCAGGUAUUGCAACUACUGACGAAGGGGCUUGGUUGGAUGAGAAAGGAAAGGUUCAAUUCGACCGUGAAAAUCUAAGAGCGCUGCCUAUCUGGAAGGACACUACUUCAUACUAAGGAUUGUACUUCUCAGUUACAACAAGCAAUAACUGUGUUGCAUCAAAACCACACCCUCUCUGAUUGAGUAUGGUUGGCUUUCUGUUUGUUGGGCUAAACACUUUUACGAGAUACGCAGGAGAUUUUCCGUGAAUGCGCCUUGGCUAGUGGAUACUCUGAUGGAGAUGCGUCUUAUACGCUUACAACAAUACAUGCAUCCAAAUUGCGAUCUUUGUCCUGUUGUCUUAUACACGCUUAGAUACCUCCUUACGCAAGUCAAACUACCAAGCAAGCAUCAACAGUAGAUUCUAACAAGCUCUGAAAAAUGCAAAUCAGUCUUAUUAUGUUCUUUGUUGUCUUAUUUCUACUAGCCGCCACACUUGGUAGCUGUUCUAUCCAACUCAGUUCUAAUAUAAGCCAGCAGGCAUUCGAAGAGUUUAAUUGGU